AUUGCGGUGGACAGCCCACAUGUCCAACAUGAUGCUGCGCCAUUUGGUUGCGCUGAUUGAGGGUGGAGUGCGGACUGAUAAGGGCUUUAAGGAGGCGCACCUAAACACAGUUGCAAGAAAAGUGACUGAGCAGUGCGGUGUAGAAGUCAGCGGGAGUCAGGUGUACAACCACCUUCGCAAAUGGAGAUCAAGGUGGGUGAAAAUAUGCAAGCUGCGGGACAUCAGCGGUGCCUUGUGGGAUGACAACACACACUCCAUCGUACUAGAGGACGAGCACUACAAAGGCCACAUCAAGGAUCACCCUGCUGAUGUUGACUACCUCAACGUUCCUCUCGAGAACUAUGAGCAGAUGGUUGCCAUCUUCUCUGUUGGACAGGCCACUGGGAGGUAUGCUAUGGGCUCCAAUGAGCCUUUGGGACCUCCUCCCGAUGAGGUGGAGAGCGAAGGCAAGGCGGACCCGAUUUCGACUGCCACCAAUGCGGGGAUUAUCUUUCCCGAGGUUAUUGCAGAGUCCGUGGAUGAUGACACCAACACCAACACCCCUCCCCCGCAUGCCUCUGAGGAGGUUGCUGUUGGAUCGGCGGGGGGGAAAGGGAAGGACUCCUCCAGUGGGGCUGGUUCAAAGAGGAAGAGGGCCAUGAUCACAGAAGAUGAGGCCAUCAUCUUCAACGGCAUGACCGAAGCUGUAAAGGAUAUGGCAGGUGCAAUCAAGGCAACCGUCCAUGCUGAGGCACAUCCCGAUGUGUACAAUGCGGUCAUGAACCUCCCUGGCUUCUCCGAGGAUGCAUUGCUGGCUGCUCUUGAUUGGCUCUAUGACCACAAGCCACAGAGCAUUGGUUUUGUGCAGAUGAGUGCUGAGCAUCGUCGUAAGUGGAUGAAUCGUUGGAUCGCCAAGCACUACUUCACUGACUAAUGUGCUUGUCAUCUAACACUAACCUUUUGCCUACUUAGUUGGUGGUUAAUGAACAUUCCUCCACCCUCGAGGCCAUAUCUAUUUAUGUAAGAUGAAACUGUGGACAUCUUCUAAUAGC